GAGCAAAUAAAUAAUCCAGCUUUCGAAAGGAGUGUAUAACUGGCGCUCAUCAUGGCAUCUAAAGGGUGCAUAGCAUGUCUACGGACGCUCCAGAGACAAGCUCAAUUUUCCCGACAAACGCCCCAGAUUGCAAGAGUUUCUCGGAGUUUCACGACAACACGAUAUUCACGAGCCAACCCUCCAAAUUCGGAUAAACCUGCCGCUUCCUCUCUCAAACCCACUGACCCGUUAACGGGAUCAAGCUCAAGCGCCAGCCCGACCACGGAAAGCGAAAGCGGGCAGACCUCCAAACUCGCGGCCGAUGGACUUGCAGCACUUUCGAAAACAGCCGGGACAUACUCAGCAUACGGCGUAGCAGAAGUGCUCUACCGCCAAUGUGCUGCCAAGGCCGACUAUUCGAUCCCGGAAGCCGCCAUGGAAGAUGAAGAAAUGCCCAAGACGGCUGAUGGGGAGGAUUUGGGCCAAGGCGCUGGCUGGUGGCACACUGAACUCGGCCUCCCGCCCACCUUCAGCACCUGGUCUCAAGUGACCAUGCUUCACAUGUACCUCCUCACCGUGCGCCUCCGCUGCUUCCCCGCCUCCACCUCUUCCAUCUACCAACAACAUCUCAUCGACCACUUCUUCUACGACGCCGAGCACCGCAUGGUCGUCUCGCACAACAUGGAGGCGCGCGGCACGCGAAACAAGUACCUCAAGGACCUGUUCACCCAGUGGCGUGGCAUCCUUUUCGCAUACGACGAGGGCCUGGUUAGGGGGGAUGCAGCACUUGCCAGUGCUGUGUGGAGGAAUGUGUGGAAGGGUCGGGAGGAUGUGGAUGUCAAGGGGUUGGCCAAGGUGAUUGCAUAUAUGCGAAAGAGCCUUAUGGAUCUGGAGGCCACAGAGGAAUUGGAGAUGCAGAUGGGGAACUGGAAGUGGAGUGACCCGGAUGCGCUGAAGGUGUUGGUCGGGAAGAAAAGCCCAAUGAUAGACCAACCGUUUACGGAGGGUACGGAAGCUGUAGGAGAUACCAAGAGUGUAUAAGGCCGGCGAUGCGUGGAUGUAUGAUAUAUAUGUAUGGAUGAUCAUGUUGUAUAAUAUAAUACAGACAAACCUACUUUUUGCAGAC